UAGAAGGGUGCGUGACCUUCGAAAACAUCUUUUCUUCAAUAGACGAAGAAUCUUUUUGACUUUGCCGAAAAGGCUGGUAUGUUACAGAUGUUAAGCCCGCAACAUUAAAACAGCGGCUGCGUUUGCAAAUUGAUUGGCGCCAAAAAGGGCGCUCUUUUCAGUUUAAUUUAUUUCUUUGGAUCAUUCAGCUGCGUAUAUUAAAUUCCGCAUAAUUAUGUCAUUCUGCUGCUACGUGCCAUUCCGCAAACUCAUUCCGCCCUUUACCCUCACCGAGUUAUAAACAGUGAGUUCAUCAUCUAUAUAGCCUGCUUGCCCCAAAGUGACUGAAUUUCGCUUUUCAGAGACCCAUCAGUUACUGUAUGUCCGUGAUGUAAUACUGGUGGUGAGGUCAGUCCACAAGCAGAGUCGUGAAAAACAUCGACACUUGAGCCUUUACGUUCAAAACAUUCCUGGCUAUCGGCAAAAAAAAGAAGGAGCUUUUAAAAAUACUAAAAUAAAAAGUCAUUUCAGAUUUUACUUUGUCACCGUUUAGACCGCAUGAAAGUUCGCUCAAAGAGGGGGGUUGUAGUUCAUAACAGUUUCAGUUUGCUAGUGCAGUUUCGAACUGCAGAACACAUGCAAGAAUGAGAAAGCAAAUAAAAAACAACUUUAAAGUCGGGUGAAAGGUUUAAUAGCGUCAAGAAGACUGACUUGAUUAAGGGAGUUAAUUUCAGUUCCGUUCCAGCGUGCAGUUCCUUGUCCUCCUGAAAAUAGCUUCGUCUCCCAACGAUCAUUCCAUGUCAUAUUUUUCGGACUUAUUAUUCAGUAAUGACGGUACGAUCAGGUAACUUGACUUGAUGAGUUCUUUAAUUUCAUUUCAUGUACUAGUUUUAUAUCUUACGCUGGAAAGAUCUGCCAAAUGUACAUUAGCAAAGGUAGGUUCCUGUUUACACGUGUAAUAUUAUCGAAUACCAUAUAAUUUGCAUAAAGCUGCAGUACACAAGCGGCUCGCUAUUGGUCUGGCAAAUCGAAGAGCGAACUUGAGCUAGUACCGUGUGUAACAAAAUUUAUAAUUUUCAUUUUAGCGCAUAUUUCAAGCUCUUUGCAAGAUCAGAAUUAAAAGAUCUUCUUUUUAUAUUACAAGGGCGGGUUUUUUAAGCGAUAGAUAGGCUUUAAGAGGCACGAUCAAUUUUUAAAGAAUUUUCUGUUCAAAUAUUCACCGAAUUUUGUUUGGAAGUUUUAGCGACCAAGUGGCUGAACCAUUGCGCAUUCAUGCAAUUAUAUUUCUGCUCCGUUGCAUUUGCCCAAUUAUUUUAUUCAACAAUCUAACUUAUCUAUAAACAAACUAUGUUUAGUUAAAAUGGCUUAGUCUAAAUCGAUGUGGCAUGGGUGAUAUUGACCUUCCAAUUUCUACCAAAUUUGUGUGCCUUUUAAAUACCGAAAAAGUGCUGUGAGAAGUUAUAGCCGUUCGUAGCUCAGGCUUAACCAUUUUCAGAUAAGAGUAGGUAAAUGAAAGGAGGAAGGAUGGUUCUUUGCAACUGUAUGAGUCACGAUUAAAUUAUUUUAAUGAUAAGGCUAGAAUUAAUUACUGUAAAUCUCGUUCAGUUCACCAACAUGGCGGCCCCUCGAGGCCUCGUCAAAACUGUCAUUCCUGUAUCUUUGAAACCAAAGAGACUAUUCAUGAAUUUUCUGUUGUUAAAUGUUGCUUUUGUUAUUUGAAUAUUUUUGAAUUUGAACAUGAUUCAUAUCUUGUUGGUGAUUUGUCACAGGAAGUUUCAUGUCAGUAGUUAUGAAAGUGGGAAGUACAGCGAGUUUACAAAAAUUUCUAGCGAGUACGUAUAAUUUUAAGAAUUUCAUUAAAUCAAAUAAAAUCCCAGAAUACGCAAGAGACUACAAAAGAGAAUAUCUUUUCGUAAAAGGAUUAAAUCUACAAUUUGAGUAUUUUAAUAAGAAACUAGAAUAUUUAAAUAAUGGAUUAUUUGAAACAGAAUUAGCAAAAGAAAUAAAGUUUUACAUGAAAGGAUUUCUAAGAAGACAAAAAGAAAAUAAAUUUAAGAAUUUAGCUAAUAUUAUAUAUUUCGCCGAUAACUUUCUGGAUCAUAUAUAUUUUAUGAAUCAAAACUUUGAUUGUUAUAAAUUACGUUACGAUGCUUUUUGUGAUGAUGGUAAAGAUUACAAUGAUUAUCUUAGUGAUACUAGUGAUACUAGUGAUACUAGUUAUGAUGAAGAUGAUGAUGUUGAAUAUAGUGAUGAAUAUAUAGAAUAUCUUAGAAGUAUUAAUAGUAAAAAAGAGUAUUUAGUUGAUGGAAAACCUUAUCCUGGGUUUAUAGAAUUUUAUGAUAUUUUUAAACAGAUUUUUAAUCAAAUAAAAAAAGAUGAUGAAAGUGAUAUUGAUGAAAUUAUUGAAUGUGAUAGUGAUAGUGAUAGUGAUAGUGAUAUUUAUAUAUGAUUUCUAAACUUCUAACAUUUAUGUUACAAGUUUUAAAAAUGAUUUAAAUAUUAAAUAUAUUAAAUUAAUAAAAUGACAGAUUAUCCUCAAAAAAUAUUUACAAUUCAUUUUCCUGAUAAAAAAGUUUAUAUAGAAAAUACUUCUAAAUCUUUACAUGAAAAAAUGGAAUAUAUUAAGAAUGAUAAAGAUCAUUAUUUAUACCCACUACUCAAAGAUUACCCAAAUCCAGAAAUUAGAUUUGAGUGUUUUCAAAAUUGUGAUUGUAGUAAAGAGUUUUGUGUUUGUAGUAAAAAGACAGUAGCUAGUGAAUAUAUUAAAGAUUAUUAUAAAAUAUUAAAUCCUAAACUUUUUCCCUCUCCAAGUUUAUUCCAAUCAUUGUAUAAAUGGAUGGGUUAUUAAAAGAAUUUGAAGAUAAUGGAAUUAAAGUUGUAGUUGGUUGGAAAGAAAAAGAAAGAAAAAAGACAAUACUUUCUGCUUUAAGAAAAUUAAAGGAAAGUGGAGAUGAUGUUAAACUUAAUUAUGUAAAAACGUUGUAUAGAUAUUAUUGCACAAUUAAUAGUUUAGGUCAUAUUUUACAUCCAGGACUAAUUCCUGUUGAAGAGGAUGAAUAUGGAAUACAUUAUCUUUGUAGUUAUAUAGAUGGUAUUGUUAAUACUGCAAAGAUGAGUAUUGCUGGAGUUAUUAAAGCUCUUGGAAAUGAUGAAGCAUUAAGACCUUUUUGUAAAUACUUAAUGUUUACUCACAUGUAUACUCCAGAGCAAGUAAAAGAAAUAGGACAUGAGGAAAUAUACAGAAGAGAGCAAUACUUUGAAAAAGAAUUAGGAUUAGUAUAAUCAAAUAAUAAAAAAUGGGAUCAAGAUCAAGAGAAACUACUCCUACAAAAGAGGAUUUGGAUUUUAUAGUUGAUGAUGGUUAUCAACAUGAUGAGGAUCCAGAUUAUGUACCAAAUGAAAAAUAUGUUGUUACAGGACCAGAGUUUAAAAAAUUAACCAGAAAUGCUAAAAAGCUUGGUGCUGAAUCACUUGAUUAUUCUACCCGAAAAAAUAAUAAAUACAUGGCCACCCUUCCAGGUGGAAAGAAAGUUCACUUUGGGUCACCAAAAUAUCCAGACUACACUAUUCACAAAGAUAAAGAGCGAAGAGAUAAAUAUCUGUCUCGUGCUACAAAGAUUAAAAACAAACAGGGAGAAUUAACUUAUACUAAUCCAGAAUCGAGCAACUUCUGGUCAGUAAAUUUACUUUGGCCAAAAAAAUAAAAAUGAUUUAUUAUAUGUUUAAAGAAAUAGUUUUUAAUAUAAAAUGGAGAAUUAUAUAUUAGAGAGUGGUAAAAAGUUUUUUGUUCAUCCAAUUUAUAAAAAAUAUGCAGCAAAUAAAUAUGGUGAAAUCAUGAAUGUUAGAUUAAGAAAAGCUAUGAGAGGAAAUAUUACUAAAUCUGGUUAUUUAAUUUUUGGUUUAUCUAUAUCAAAAAAUAACAUAAAAAGUUAUCUUACACAUCGAUUUAUUUAUGAGUGUUUUUAUGGAUUGAUAGGAAAAAAUAAAUUCAUUAAUCAUAUUAAUUUUAUUAAAAGAGAUAAUAGGUUGAAAAAUUUGGAAGUAGUUACACAAAGUGAAAAUAAUAAAAAAUCAGCAAUUAAUAGAGAUUAUAGUUUUGUAAAGGAUAAUCAUAAAAAUAAAAAAAAAAGUUAAGGGAAUUAAUUUGUUAACAAAUGAAGAAGUUAUUUACAAUAGUUUAUAUUCAGUUAACAAAUUAUUAUCUAUUAAUGCAGGUCAUGUUAAAAUGAUUUGUGAGGGAUUUAACUAUUGUAAAUCAGCCACUUCAAAAAAAGAUGGUCAAAAAUACACAUUUGAAUAUAUAAAAUAAAAUUAAUUUUUUUUAAAAUGAAGUUUAAAGAUUAAAUAAAUAUUAAUAAAAUGCAGUUGACCAAAUACGAAGAUAUUACUAAGGAAAAUAUUAUAUUUAAUAAAACAAAGGAGUAUAAAGUAAAAGAUAGUAAUAUCAAAUAUAAACGGAUUAAAAUUGAAGUAAAUUAUCCAAAUGGUAAAAGAGGUCCAUUAAUAGUUGUAACUCCACUUCUUUUCUCUUUUGGAGUAAGUGAAAAUAAAGAUCAAAAAACAGGUAAAUUAAAUGGUUACUCAGUUCCAAUAUGUCUUUGGGAGCGAGAUGGUGUACCAAACCAAAAAGAACUAUCAUUUUUUUGAAGUUAUAAAUAGUAUUAAUUCAUUAUGCCAAAAUCAUUUAGAAUCAGAAUAUGGACCGGAUUUAGCAUCACAUAUGACUUCUCCAUUUUAUUUUAAAACCAUUACUUACACAGAUAAAAAAGGAAGAGAAAAAACUAAAAAAGAUGAUACAUCAGCACCAAUUCUUUAUGCAAAACUUAUUUACUCUGAAAAAUCAAAGAAAAUAUUAUCUUUGUUUAAGGGAAAGGGAGGACGUGAUUUAAAUCCUUUAAAAUAUAUUAAUCAAUACUGUAAUGUUAAAUUAGCAUUAAUAAUAGAAGGAAUUUUUAUAAGUAAGACUAACAUCUUUACAAAUAAAAGUACAUGAGUGUUAUGUCAAACCAUUAAAACCUAGAGAGGCUUUACUAACAAUUGAAGAGGAAGAUAGUGAUAGUGAUAGUGAUAGUGAUAGUGAUAGUGAAGAGAUAACUGAUCAAGUAGUUGAAGACUUAAUUUUAUCUGAUGAAGAAGAAACUAAGUAAAUAACUAUUUUUAAUACAAAUUUUGUAUUAAAAAUCAACCAAAUCCUUUGAGCCAACCCAUGAGUUAAAUUUAUCAGGAUAUCCACUCCAUUUCACUAAUGCCAUUUUUUUCUUAUUAUCUCGUCUGAUAAUUUUUUCUAUUCUAAAAGUUUGUUGUUUUGCUUUUUGUAGUUCUUGCUCGUAGAAAGAACCCUUAAUCUCUUCUCCCAUCAAAUCCACAAUGUUAUAUGUAAUAGGUUUUGUUGGUAAAACUUUAUCAAUUACAAAUAUCUCCUCUGUCCAGUUUGGUGUGUAGCCUUUAUCGAAUACUUUCCUCUUAUACUUAGAAAUUCUAACAUGAUCACCAACCACAAAUUUUGAUUUACCAGGUUUCAAGUAAAUUAAAUCACCGUACAAAUUAGACCAAACUAUUUUUUUAUUCUUCUUUUUACUUGCUUCAACAGGAGUCAUUUUUAUACUAGAAUGUCUCGUAUUAUUGUAAUCAUUAACUAGUUUAUCUAACUUAUCCCAGUAAACAGUGUUGUUAUUAACUGUAAACAUUUUCCACAUUCUGUUUUUCAUUGUUUUAUUCCAUCUCUCAACAACACUAGAUUUUUCUUCAUUUUCAGUGUGAUACAAAUUUAUACUCUCUCUUUUUAAAAAAUCUUUGAAAUGUUUACUUAUAAACUCAGAACCUUUAUCAGUCCAUAACAUUUGAGGUUUACGUUUACUUUUGAAUAUAUCAUUAAAUGCUUUACUGACAGUUUCAGUUUUCUUAUCUUUUAAUUCCCUAAUCCAUCCAUAUUUGCUAAACACAUCAAUAACCAUGAGCAGAUAUUUAAUCCCUUUGUUCCACUUACUAAACUUUUGCAUUUCAACUAAAUCAGCAGCCCAGAUUUCAUCAAUCCCAUUUGAGAUUACUAAUCUCUUUUGAAAGUUUCGUGUGAUUGGUUUGUGAAGUUCGUCGGCUAAUUGUUGAGACCAAUCACUACUCAACGCCGCUUUACGUUUUUUUGUUCCCAUUCCAAGUUUUUGUUUAGUAUUUAUUAUAGUUCUUGCCAACCAAUGUCCCCAUUGUCUUUCUUUCCAAGGAAUUGCAUCCAAUGAUUUUACCAUCUUUCUAUCAGCUUUAUUUUUACACUUUCGGUCAUCACCACAAACACUAUAAUCAACAUCAUGCUGCAUAGCCACAGCAUCAGUUGGACCAGUUGGUUGAUCAUAAAUUUCUAAUAUUUCACCAGUUUCUGGAUUGUAUCUUACUUGGUUUUCGAGAUCAUUAUAAGGACCUGUAUAUUUAUGUCCUGGUAAGGUCAACCAACCUUUUGGUAUUGGUAAUUUACCAAUCUGUUUAUGGAUAUCUACAGCACCACCAUAUUUAUUUUUAACUUCUGCUACAGAUUUGUAUAUUUUAUUGGUUCCUAAUCCUCCACUAAAAAAAUCUCUUACAUGAGCAUACCCAAUUUGUUUGCCAUUUUUCUUGACAACCAUUAUGGGUUCACCUUCUUUGAGAUAAAAUUUUUUACCAUCAUAACGAAACACAGUUGUUUUACCUGUCCAGAAAUUGGAAGUAAAUAUUCCAUCUUCUGAAUUAACAACACCUUUGGCAGUAUCACCAGACCAAUAAUCUUUGAAUACUUGCUUUGUUUGAGGAAACAAGGUUUCUGAUAUUGUUUGUCCCACAUUUAUUCCUGUUUUGAUUGGACCAACAGCAUCACCAACACCUUUGCCCGCCUUCCCAGACGGGCUGAUUAGUUUUUUGACUUUCGUUUUGUUUUGGACUUUUUACCACUUCCAGUUUGAGAAGUUGAUUCAGUUUUCACAUAUCUAACUUUUUUAUUUCCACAAACUGCACAUCUACAAAAGAAUUGAGUUCGCCCUCUUUUAUCAGUUUGGUAACCACUUGGCUCUGUGCAAGGAGUUACUCUUUUAUCUACAAUACAAUAUGAUUCUUUCAUUUAAUAUAAUGUUUAGAUAAAAUAUGACUACUAGAUCUAAUUUUGUUAAAAGUGAACUUCAAAAAAUAUACAACAGCCUUAACACAAGUUAUGAAAAUGCUCAACAUUUUAGAAUGGAAAAUGAUUCUAGAUUUAUAAAAAUAUUUGAGUUGUUAAUGGAAAUAAGUGAGAAAUCAAAUACUUUAAGUAAUAUUAUAAAAGGUAAUUAUCUGUUUAUAUAGUAAAUGGAGGCUAAAUUCUUUUCUGAGAUAGAGAAAAAUAUGGAUGUUAAAACAAUAAAAGAUUUUGAAAAGGAAGUAAGGAAAAAAAUAUAUAAUGAGUUGGAGACACUUAGAAAGGAAAAUGAUGAUCUUUCCAGAGUACUAAUUGCAGCUGAAAGUGAUAUGUGGAAAAAAAUAAGAAAUGAGGAGUAUUCUUGGUUGCAGUUAAAUAGUGAUAAAAAGAAGAAAAUUUAUAGACUUAUUGAUAUUUACUCAAAUUUUCUUGACAUAGUUGAUAGUGUUAAAGAAUUAAAUACAAAAGUUGAGAAAGUUAAACAACUAAAGGAUACACCAGUGGAUAGUGAAUAAAACUAUUUAAAGAGUAUGAAAAUAAUAAUUAAAUGGAAGUUAUAUCUAAAGUUCAAGAUAAAUGUGAAGAAAUUAUUAUAGAUUGGUUUAAGGAGAUUUUUAAUAUAGAAGAUAAAGAAGAAAUUAAAAGUGUUAUAAUUUACUCUAAUAAUGAAAAAAUAUAUGAAAUAAGUUUUAAAGAUUAAAAAUAUAAUAUUUAAUAAAUAUUAUAUUUAUCCUCCAAAAUAAGCUUUUAUAAAAUCACUAUUGUCAUCAUCAAAAUGUGGGUUAUGUAUUACAUCUAGAAUACUAGUACCACGUUGUCGCUCAAACGAAUAAUAUAAACACCAAUAUCCACAGAGAACAGUAUUGCGAUUUUGUAUUUCAUCCAUUGAGUAAACUAUUUGUUUACCAGAAGUAUUAAAAUACUCUAAUGCUUCAUUUGGCAUUAUCAGUCCAAAUGGAUCAAAGUACUCAACAACCUUACCAAUAUUUCUGUAACAAACCCAGUGUGUUCCAGGACCUUGAAUAUCAUCUAGAUUAAUUAUUCCACAUUCUUUUCUAAUCUUUUUUGGUAGUCUAUCCCUACUAUAUAUACCCCUUAAAUGUUUAAUACCACGUCUUUUUAUCCAAUCCAUGAGGUCAAAGUUGGAUAGAGGUUUAAUUACAAAAUGGUUCCUAGAAUGGGGAUUGAGUUGAAUGGGCUGUUUUUUCCUAGUAGUAGUCCUUUUCCCUUGGAUUUGGACUUUUUUUUUUUAACCCCCAUUCCUAUUGGGUUUUCCCAAGUUCCAAUAAAGGGUGGUGAGCGAUAAGGAUAACCUUCACCAUAUGUGGAUGGAGGAGGAGGAGGAUGUGGAACGUAAACAUUUGCUCUAUUAGAUGAUCCACGUCUAUCAACUUGUAGUCCUCCACCUAACAUUUUAGAAACUAAACUGAUUGCCAUUGGAAUUCCAAUAGAAGCAAGAGUACCUAAAAAUCCUCCUUCUAUCUGUUUACGAGUUGGUUUGAUAACUACUCGUCCACCAGUUUGAAACAUUUUAUUUAUUAGAUCUAUUUGUGAUUUUGUUAAUUCUCCUCUAAUAGCGGGUAACAUUGGGAAAAACUUUUUUGGAAUUGUAAUUCCUUUUCCAAAUAUUUUAUUUAUUCCAAGUUCUCCAAGUGCAGUAGCACCACCAGUUGCUAAUGCAGGAACAGCUUUUGAAAUUCCUUUUAUUGCGUAAGGUAAUACUCGCGCUCCGAUAGAAGCAAGUGAUGAAAAUAAGUUUCCACCAUGUUUUACAGAACGUCUAAUCUGAGUUUUACUUAUCUUUAUAUCAGAUCCCGUGCCAUUUGCAAUAGAUUUUUUUAUUUUAGAAAUUUGUCUUUUUGUUAACAUUAACUCAUCAGAACCUUUAAGAUGUGAAUGUUUUAAACGAAGAGUUAGUGGUGAUUUAUUUCUGAUUGCAGAAACCAGUUUUGAUUUCUGCCCAUCUGUAAGUUUUACUCCGUAUUCAAUAUAAGUAGUCAUUUUUAUUUAAUUGGUUAUAUUAUUUUUUUGUGGUGGAUUUCAAUAUUUGAUUAAAUAUUGAAAUUAUAUUAUAUUUGCUUUAGGAAGAUUAAUUGCAUCCCAUAUACUUUUCUUUUUAGGUUUAGGUUUAUUAUAUUUUUUUAGUGUAUUUUUAAUAAUUUUAUCUUGUUUUGCCUCAAGUUGAUAUUGUAACUUUAAAUUCUUUAAUUUUCUUGCUUUCUUAGCAUUUUCUGAUUUUAAAGUCUCAAGUUGAUCUCUAUCUCGUUGCCUUAUUUUAGAACGAUUUAAUCUAGUAACAUAAGGUAAAGUUUUUUUAAACUGUGUUUUACUGAAUUUUAAGUCAAGUUGUUUAUUGAGUCUUUUUGCUACUUCUACUUUUUUAAUUUGGGAAUUUGUAAGAAAAACUUUAAAAGGUUCUUUUUUAGAUGUAAAGUCUAAAGUUAUAAUAAAGUUUUUUCCAAAAUUUUUUAUUUGUAAUGGUGUUAAGUUUAUAACAUAUUCAAAGUAUUUAUUUUCUUUUAAAAAAGGAUAUUUUUCUAAAGUUACUGGUGGAUAAAUAUCAAAAGGAUUUACCAUUUUUUAUUUUAUUUUUAGAUUAAGCACGAAGUAAUAAUUUUCCAUCUUGCUGUGAUAUUUCUGCUAUUCUUUCAUGUAAGACUAGCGCGUAAAUAUUAUAAUCAGCGUUUGGAUUAGCAGAUAAUUCGUAAUGAAAUGCUAAUUUUGUAACACCAUCUUUGAUAUCCAUUUUUUGUUUUGUUAGGUCAAAAUAAACAAAAGGAAAUAAAGUUUUGAAAUUAGUUCUAUUAAGUAAUGUUCCACCUUGAUAAUCAUUAUUUGCAUAGACGUAUGACAUUACAUUUCUAAAAACUCUUGCCAUAUCAGUAGAUGGUUUUAAGUGAAUAUCUGGAUAUUCGUUUCCAUUUGCAACUUCCAGGUAACAUCUUGAUAUAUUAGCAUUAUUUGGUAAAUCAAAGGUAUCAUAUAAAAAUGGAUUGGCUGUUUGUGAAUCAAUUCUUGCUGUAUCAAUUCCAAAAACAAAUACAUGCCUUGGCUUUGAAAUAGCAUUUGUAAUUCUAAAAUGUCCUGUCUGUUGCUGUGAAUUAUUUGACCUUUCAACUACUUCAUUCAAAUAUACCCAUUUGUAAGGUUUAAGAUAAUUUUCCAUAUACAGCUUUUGUCCUUCUGAAUUAAACGUAAGUUUUGGAAUAAAAAGUUGUAGUCUUGUUAUAAUAACUCUACAAUCAUCAGCAGCUUUAAAAAUUAAAUUUGCAUCUUUUUCAAUCUCAAUAUUUAACUCAAUUUUUGUAUUAGGAAGUAGUUUAUCUUCCAAUGCUUCAAAGAAAGAAUAUCUAUUAAGAGGAAUUUCACAGUUUACUGUGGCUGAUACACCUAAUAGUAAUUUCCUUUGAUGAAAACCUGAAUAAUAAGUUCCUUGAGCAGGUCUUUCCUCUGCAGCUCUUGAAGUAUCAAGAAAAUAAAAUUCGUUUGUAGCUACACUCUGUGCAUAUGAAGGAUUAUACUCAAGUAAAUUUUUAAUAUUUACAACAUGAUUCGCAUAAUUACAACUAUAAACUUCUCGUCCAUUUGCCAGGAUACUUAAUUUUUCUAUAAAGGAGUUACUACCAUUUACAAUUCCAUUAUGGUCAGCAACCGCUAUAUUUCCUCCAUCUGCCAGUUUAUUUACUUUAAAAUCCAUUGAUAAUCGGGCGUUAUACCAAUCAAAAGGGGUGGUUUCUCCUGUAUUAUCAGCAACAAAUCUAAGACCUGUUUUAGUUUGGUGCGCGUUAUUUGCUGGGGCUGUAUCUAGAGCCUGUUCCAGGUCAUAAACAACAUCCUCAUAUCUAUCUAAAUAUUUUGGAUUUCUAAAUGACUUCAUUUUAUUUUAAUAAUUAUAUAAUUUUUCUCUUACGUGUUGAACCUCCACUAAAAAGGUUAUUCAACAUUUGAUCUAUCUCUUGUUGAGAUAAUGUUUCAACAUUUUUAUUAAAAUUAACUUUUUUAGCAGGGGGUUUUCGGGAGGGAGUGCCUUUUGAUAACAUUUGCACUAUUUUAUCACCAGCCUUUUUACCAACAUGUUCACCAGUUUUUGUUGCAGCUGAUGUUAGUGCUUUUUCAACACCUUUUUUAGCAGCUUUUUUCAUUGUCUUUCCAAAUAAUUUUGAACCAACAGAUUUAAACACAUCCAUCAUUCCUUCUCCAUAGAUGUGUUGUCUUGUAUAUCGCCCCAAUUCUGGGUCAAGUUUCUUUUUAAACUCUGAUUUUCGCAUCAUUUUAUUUUAAUAGUUAUAUUACAUCGAGUGGAGAAUCAAAGUCAUAAACCAAUCAAUACCAUUAAAAUUUACUGGUCUUCCAAGUGAGUCUGUCACAUAGAUUCUCAUUUCAUCAAUGUGAAAUGAUGAUAAAGAGCAAUACAAAGGUCUUUUAGGUUCAAAUGUAAAUGGAAAAGACCUUGUAAGAUUAUCAGUUGGUAUCACAGCAAUAGUAUUUGUAUUUAUCCCAUUUACAAUGCUAUCAGUUAUUGCGCUUGUGUUGAUAUUUAAUACAUCGAUUGAAUUUGUUAUAUUUGGUAGUUUUGUACCAUACUCUGUUUUUGUAAUAAUUUUUUUUUCAAAUCCAAUCAGGUCUCCAAAUUCUGUUCCUCUCAAAUCAAGUUGAUAAUCACCAUCAAGUGAUAUGAGAACUCGAUAGGUAGAUAGUAUAAAAGUUAGAUUGAUUGAAUAAGUUUUUUUUCCACCCGCGCCUGUUGUGUGGUGAGACUUUUGGUCCAUGUACUGAUGAAUAUAAUCAUUAAGAUCUGGGUAGGAAUACAUUCCAUCUACAAAAGUAAUUGUUUGCCAAGUCCUUCCAUCAUGAGUGUAUUUGAUUUUGUUAUUUCCAUAAUCACUUCUAAUGUUGUACCAAGAGUAAGUCAUAGACAACCGAUCAAGAGCAAGUUGAUGUUUCUUUUCAGGGUCAAGUUUCAAAGAUGGAUUAAACUUAAUAGUAAAAUCACCAGGUCUGCUUGUUCCUCUUUUUUUCCUAUUUAUUGAGGAAAUGUGAAUAGCUCGUUCUUCCAUUUUAUUUAUUAACUAUAUAAUUAUUUAGUAAAUCAUUAAGUUGUUUUUUUGUAAUUACUUUCAUUUGGUUGAGAAGAUGUGCUAUUUGAGAAAACUCAGGUAUCACACCAUUAUUCCCAGCUAGAAUUGAACCACCAAGUAAUUCAAGUCUGUCUAGAAGUUGAUGUGGGUUGUUAAAGUAAAUACCUUGCUGGGGCAGUCCUUCCCCCAUCUUAUAUUUAAGCGAUCUUAAGUAAUCUUUCAUAGUAUUUUUAUAUUUCAUUAGUGUUCCUUUUUCCAUUUUUUUAAUUUCAGUUUCAGUUUCAUAUAAUGGAGAUGGAUUUUUAGCUUUCUUUCUACCACUAAUUUCACCAGUUAGUUGUUUUAUAUUACCUUUUAUAUCUUCUAAAUAUUCAUCUAAAGUUUUAGGAUUAAUUUCAAAAAAAUCGUUUGGUCUUGGGUAUCCAAAUUCUUUUAAUAACUCAAGAUCUCUUCCUUCAAAGUUUUUUUCUAAAUUUAACCUUGUAUCAUAAGUUGGAACUGGCCCCCAAUUUACAUCCCAUCCUUUUUUGUUUUCAUAGUCUUCUUCAGAAUAUGGUAAUUCUCUCAUAUCAGCUAAUCGGUUAAAUUGUUCAAAACCUUGAGUAAGAGCAAGUUGAUUUUUUUUAAGUUGUGCUAUAGUUGCGUUUUGCUGAUCAUCAAUACUUUUUUUAAUACUAUCUUGAGAUUUAAUAAGUGGUUUAAAUGUCUCUUUAAAACCUUCUCUCAUAUUUUGUUUUUGCCAUUUUGUUAUUUUUAUUACAUCUCUCACCUGUUGAGUUAAAGCGUCAGCUUCAAUUUUAUUUCUUGCAAGUUUUUUGUAUUCUUCAAUAUCCAUUUUAUAUAAUAAAUAGAUAAAUGGAAAUACUAAACUAUGAUAGUGUCGAUGACCCAGAUAAAAAAUAUAAACAGUUAUUUCCUUACAUGCCAUCAGACACAUUUCGAAUGUUAAUUUGUGGAACCAGUGGAAGUGGUAAGACUAAUCUUUUGUAUCAUAUGUUAAUUAAACCACUUUUAUACUUUGAUGAAAUUUAUCUUUACGCGCGUAAUUUAGAGCAGGAUAAAUACAAAAAGCUAAUGCAAAAAAUGAGAGAACUGAGUUCUAAAGUUGGUUAUGAAAUACUUCAUGUGAGUAAUGAUGAAAUAACUCCAGUGACAGAAAUAGAUUACGAAGACAAUCAAAAACUUGUGAUAUUUGAUGAUUACGUUUGUGAUAAAAACCAGAGACAACUUAUUGAUUAUUUCAUCCAAGGACGGCAUAAAAAUUGCUCUGUAAUCUACCUCAGUCAAUCAUUUUACAAAACUCCAAAGGAUAUUCGAUUGAAUUGUUCUCACUACUGUCUGUACGAAUUUCCAUCAUCGAGGGAAGCAAAUCGCAUAUCAUCUGAAUUAGGAGUUGACAAAGUUACAUAUAAAGAAGCAACUAAAAAACCAUUUACUUUUCUAUACGUUGAUAAACCCAGAAAACGUAUUGCAAAAACCUUUACUAGUAAUCUAUAAGGGGAACCUACGGUUCCCCUAACACCCCUCCCUCUCAAGAAUAUAAGAAUAUAAUCAUUAAAUAAAAAUGGGAAUAUUUAACGAACAAUCUUUUGAUCAUCCUUUUGCUAAAGGAAUACAGGGUGCUCCAGGAGUUGGUUUUAGUCUAACCACAGAUGGAAAUUAUGAUAUGAAUAAAAAGAAACUCACAAAUGUUGGAGAACCCAGUGCUAAUACUGAUGCUGCUACAAAGAAGUAUGUUGAUGAUAAUUCCAGUGGUACACCCACAACAACACGAUUAACAGUUGAUUCAAACAUUGAUAUGAAGAAUAGUUACCGAAUUACAAAUCUUAGCACACCACUGGAUGGAAAAGAACCUCCUACAAAAGAUUAUGUAGACAACACUUUUCUUGAAAGAGAUGGUUCCUACCCAAUGAAAGGUAAUCUGAAUAUGGAUAAUAAUCGAAUAUUUAAUCUACCAGCUCCAACAGGUUCCAAUCAACCAACACCAUUAGCUUUCACAGAUUUAAAGUAUGUAGCCCGUGAUGGUUCAUCUACAAUGACUAAUAAUCUAAACAUGGAUAAUAAAAAAAUAAUUAAUCUUAGACCACCAACAUCAGACAAUGAUGGUGCAAACAAAAAGUAUGUGGAUGACUCAAUACCUGAUACUAGUUCUUUUAUAAAAAAAGAUGGAAGUAUAACAAUGACUAAUAACCUAAAUCUUGGAAACAAAAAAAUAGUUGGUCUUGCAACUCCAACAACAAACACAGAUGCUGCAACAAAAAAAUAUGUUGAUGAUAACACAGGUGCCCCAGAUUUAAGUGAUUAUUUAGAAAAAGAUGGCACUGUAACUAUGACUGGGAACCUUAAUGUUGGUAAUAAUAAAAUAAUAAAUCUUGGUAAACCAACCCAAGACAAUGAUGCGGUAAAUAAAAAUUACGCUGACAAACUAGUUCAUCACACUGCAGUUCAACCAAGUCAUUACAACGACCAGUUUGCUUAUCUUAUGUCAAGUGGGUCUCAAUGGACUGAUGAAUCAAAUGGAGGAAAUAGUUUUUUAGUAGAUAAAAUUGAUGUACUUACUCCUGCAAAUGGAAACUUUCACGAUUAUAAUCACAAAGUUAUUUAUUAUAAAAUAAAUAAAAAUUUGCGGUUGGGGGGAUACAGUUAUAAGAUGGGAAUAAACUUUUAUCGACUUGCUUAUAACACAGAUUUUACACUUUGCUUAGAAUUACUUAACACUGAAUAUCUACUGUGGCAUAAGUCCCAAAUAUCUGUUGAUAAAGGAAGCUCGUCUGGUUUGACGAUUGGUAAUGUUAGUAUAAAAAAACUAUCUCAUAGGUAUACUGAUUCUGAAAAUCAAUCACAAUUAAUGUAUUAUCACAGAAUUAUAAUUAAUUUUAAAAAGUUAAAUAUAGGUAAUAGAUUCUUUCUUCACAUUUCUGUUAACAUCCCCCAGUCAGGAACUGAUCUUAGACCAUAUCCAUUACAGUUUAAAGGUGCUUACUUGAUUGCCUAUGGAAUUGUUGGAACAUUUAGCAAUAUUGAUCCAGAUAAAGUUUACGACUAUCACACAGCAUUUGAUAUCAAACCAACAGAAGUGGUGUACAACGUUGAUAUAAAUGCAAAUCAAAAAGAAAUUAAAAAUAUCAAACUUAACCGAAACAGUGAUAAUAAUGUUGCAACAAUUGGAUUAGUAAAAGAGUUAAUCCCUCACAUUUAUAAUAAUCUUUACAGGGAAAUUUUUGAAAAAUAUUAUGAUUUUAGUGAUGGUAGUAUUUAUGGAUUACGAACUGGAUCAUUUGGAGUUAUUAUUAAUUCUUUUAAACCUAAUAUUACAAUACCAAAUAAGGAUCUAAGUAUUAUAAAAAACGACGGAAUAAAUGUAAAUGGAUAUACUUUAACUUUUAAUCCUUCUAAUCAUACUUCAAAUUAUACACUAUGUAUUGUUCUUACUCAUUGGAGAAAUAGAAAUUUAAAUUUAAAAAAGAUAAGAAGAAGUGAUGGUAAAAUAAUAACAAAUGUUACAUACGAUACUGAUGGCAAUGAAUUUGCAUUGGAAGUUGAUAGAAAUGUAAGUACAUCUUUUACUGCUCUAAAUAGUUUUAAUGGGAAAAAAAUUGUAAUAUGGUUAACAGAAAGUUUUAACUCAAAUGUUGCAAAACUUAAUGUAAGUAACUAUAGCUCAACAUUAACUUUAAACUCUACUGUUUACGCUAAUGACCAAUAUUGGACUCUUAAUAUUGAUGAUGGGGUAAUUUAUAGAUUAAUGUCUAGUCCAAACUUUUACGACAUCGGCUCUGAUCAAUUUCAUAAAGUAAUGCUUCAAGAAAAGUUAAAUGGAUCUUAUGUAAUAUAAAUAUAAAAUGAAGGAUAUCUUUGAAUUUAAUCACAUAGACCCAUCUCUGUCAAAAUCAGAUGUUAAAACCCUAAAAGACUUUUAUAGUCAUUACCACAAGAAAUACUGGUGUUUUAAGAGGUCUUAUAAGAGUUAUAAAUUUCUUCAUAAUUUUUUUACAAUCUCUGGAAUAUGUUUGGUAGCAAUUGGAACUAUUUCUGGUGGAAUUACACUUAAUCCUGUAGUUCUUGGAGUUGUAAAUGGUGCUGGAGUUAUUAUUGCUGGAGUUGGAAAGAAAAAUAAUUACAAGAGGAAAAUUGAGAUGUCAAGGAUCGCUUUUACCACUUAUGAGAAAGUUCUCGUUGAACUGCGAGCUGCACUUAGAGGAGAUGAGUGGAAUAAAAAGAGUUUGUUGAUCGAAUUAAAUUGAUAGAUGAGAUGAUAAUUGAUUUAACUCCAAUAGCGGAUAGAUUUGAAAGUAGGUAUAAUAAAAAAUUUAAUAUAAGUAAUAAAUAAAAUGGAAGAUUUAGAGAAACAAUUUAUUGAAUCUUGUGAAUCUACUUUAUUAAAAGAAGGUAAAGAAAUUUGUGAAGAAGUAUUAGUUAUGAUAGGUGAGCAAGAUAAAAUGGAGAUGGAAAAAGCUGAAAUUUUUUGUAAUUAUUUUCUUAGACAUAAACCAGAUGGAGUAGAAACUACUGAAUUAGAAAAAAGAUGUAUGAAAUAUAAAGAAGAUUUUUGUAAUUAUUUUAACUAUAAAAGACUUUUUAAGAAUAAUAGAAGAGAAAUAGAUGAAAUUCUAAAGAAUAAUAUGAGAUUAAAGAAAAUAUAAAAUAUUAUAUCAAUUUCUAAAUGAAAUAAUUAUUUAGAAAUUAUAUAUUUUUAAUGAUCCUACGAAAUAUCCUAAGAUUAUUCUUCUAUAUCAAAUAUACUUUUUGGAUAUAAUUUCUCUUUUCUCAAAAGUUUUUUAAGACCUUCAACAUCCUUACCCCAAAAGAAUUCAUCUAAUUUCUUUUUCUGUUCCUCAUUCAUUGUAAGUCCAUAACCUUCAGCAAAAUAAGCAUCUUCAUCCAUUUCUUUUUUGUUUAAAUAAAAUUGUUCUGGAGCUCUAGUUUUCUCAAGAGCUCUAACCAAUUCGUGUACUUUUUUUCCAACUACAGGAUCUUCUACCUCUACACUUAUUUUUAUAGGUAUAUAUUCAUCACUAUUUAGUUGAAUAUAUUUUCUUAGAUUAUGAAAAAUAUAAUCUCUAUAUUUAUCCUCUUUCGGUGCCAUAACCAAUUCCAUUUUUUCUUCAUCCGUUAAUGAUGUUAAAUCUUUUCCUUCUAUUAACUCUUCAUAUGAUUUUGAUGGUAAAUCUUUCUCUUGGUUUUCUUUUGAGUAAUCUUUCUCUUGGUUUUCUUUUGAGUAAUCUUUUUUUACAUAAUUAUUAGCUAUAUAUUCUCUCUCUUCCAAUGAUAGAUUAUCAGUAUCUAUAAAACCAAGAACGUUACCCAAAGUUCUUUGCAUAAUAAUUAAAUCUUCUAAAACUGAUGGAUGAAGUUUGUAUAACACUUCACAAAUAUGUUCUAAAUUUAAUAAAGAUCUAGGAUUGAUUUCUAUCUUCAUUUUUUAAUUUGUUAUAUUUAAUUCUUUAAAUUUCAAUUUAAUAUUACUAUAAUAAUAAAAUGAUUAACACAAUAGUUCAUUAUGUUAACUUUUACUAUCCUACUCUCAAGAAUCUUACUUACUCAGAAAAUCUUAUAAAGACAGCGCUAAUAUAUAGAUUCCUAUACGAAACUACUUUUAAGAAACAUAUUACUCUAGAAACAAUAAUAUAUAAAUUAGAAAAUAGAUCUAUUAAAUCUAAUAAUAGAAUUUUAAAUAAUCAUUUAAUGUUCUACAGAGCUUUUAAAUCUUUUCAUAAACACUACAAACUUGGAAGAGGAUGUGUAUAUGCAUUUGAUUCUUCAAUAAAUUCAGAAGUACUUGGUUAUCUAACUGGAAUAUUUUACUGGAUUUUUCAUAAAGGAUUAAUAUAAUUAUAGAAUAAAAUGGCAGCUGUUAUUAUUAGAAAAAAAGAUCUUGAAAAUCUUGGAAGAAAAUUAAUGAAAGAAGUUUACAAAUUUUUACAUGAUGAGUAUAUACUCUCUUUUGAAGAAAUGAAAUUAGAAAAAGAUAAAUUAGAAAAAAAUCUUGUUGUAUUUAAAUUUCAAAGUUUUAACUUUACCACAACGCAAAAAGGAAAUACAUUGAGAAUAGAACAUGAAAAGGAAUUUAAAAAAAUAGAAAAUGAAAUUAAAAAUGAAAGUCUUGAUAUUAAUUUAAUAUUUAAAGUUCUAAAUCAUUUAGAAUUAGAUAUGAAAAUCGAUGAAGAUUUAUAUUUUAAAACAAAAGGAUUUAUACACAUCUUUAAAGUAUUCGAUAUAGAUUAUACUUAUUUAGAAGAUUAGAAUUUUAUAUUAAAUUUUAAUAUAAAAUUAUUUCUUUAAAAUCCUUAUAUUUAUCCCACCACUUUUCAUAAAUCUCUAAAGUUUGAGGACUAAUCUUAAGAACAAUAAGUUUAUACUUUUCACAUCCCAUCUCCUCCAAAAGUUUUUUAGAUAAAUAAUUAAUAUUUAUCAUUCUCUUUCUAAAAUAUUGCUUGUUUAGUUUUUCCAUGAUGUAAUUAUCUAUUUUUACAAGUCUAUCAUAAAGUUUACAUUUCUCUUCAUCAUUUAAAUUUAUUCUUUUAGAAAUUUGAUUAACCUUUUUCUCAUAGUGAUACUUUCUAUGAUAAGUACUCUUUUUUCUAUAAUGAAAUCUAUCUAAAUCUUUUAUAUCGAAUUGACCUAGAACAUAUCCGUUUAAUACUCCACAUUCAUCACAGAUUUUGAGACCAGAAUCAAUUGUAAAAGAUUUAGUAUUUGGGCAACCUUUACAUUUUGAUUUUGGAGUAAUUUGCUGCAUGGAUUUGUUAUAGUUAGAUAAUAUAUUUAGAUAUUUAUUUAUUUCUUCUUCUGUGUAAGUCAUUUAUUAUUUAUUAUAGAUUUACUUUUAAAUAAUUUUUAUCUGAAAGCUAAAGUAUGAAUCUUAUCCUUUAAGACAUAUCUUUUAUCAUCUUCAUUACUUAGAGCAAUUUUAUUUACUUCCUUAGAAUAAAUAUCAUGCUUUUCACUUCUUAUUAUAUUCAUCUUUCUCAUUUGUUUUUCACCUGAAAAUAAACAUUUAAAAUAAUCAUCAAAAUCUAUUGACUUUUUUACAACAUUGGACUUUAUUCCUUUACACUUCUUUAUUUCUUUUUCAUCCUCAACUUUAUAGCAAUAAAGUUUUGGGCGAAGACCGACAAAAUGUGUUAUCUGUUGGCCAGCUACUUCAUCUUUAAACAUCCCAAUUACUUUCUUAUUAACUCCUGUUUUUAUACCAGAUUCAUGAUUAGUAGGAUAAUCACUAGUAUCAAACUUAUCUUGAACAUCACCCGCUAUAUCUUUAUAAAAAUCUUUUGUUUUAAUUUGAAACAUUAAAGAAUCUGUAUCAGUAAACAACAAUUCAGCUUUUUUACCAUAUUUCUUUUUAAUGUAUUCGUAAUGAAAAUUGAACAUUAGUGUUUUUGAUAAAUCUAGAAUUGCUUGACCAACAUACACUGGUUUGUUAAAAUACCCUUUAGUAUUUUCCAUAUGUACUGCAAUAAGAUGUUUAUCAAAUAUUGUACAUCUAUCAAAGUUGGGUCUACUUGAUAGUUUAAGAGCUAACUUACGAUUAUCAACUAUUUUUACAUUUUGCCUUUUUCUUAUAUUUUCUAUUGUUUUACCAAAAACUGAAUUGUUCAUUAAUUUAAAAAAGUCUUUCUCAAAAUUGUUGGCUGCUGUCUUUCGAAGUUCUGUAUUUUUUCUAAUAUAUGGUUCCAUCCAAGGAGAUUGGUAAAAUGAUAUUCCUCUAUGUACAGCAGUUAACCUCAUACCCAACUCUAAACAUUGCCUAAGAGUUCUAUAAUGCACAACAUAAUUGGUUCUAGGUUUGAAAUGACAAAUACGUUUUUCUACACCAUUAACUUUUAUCUUCUCUGGAGCAAGAGGAUAAUCAUUAUGAGUUUUCCAUAAAUGUUCUGGAUACUCCAAAUCAACUUCAAAUAUAUAUCCUUUUUUAUAAGGGUUUGCCAUACUAUGAUUUAUUUUAUCAAGAAUUUCAUACAACUUUUCUUUUGUUAAAUUUUUCAUCCAUUUAAAUCCAUGUGUUGGAAGAUGUUGUGACAUAGCCCAACCAUAAAGAUUAUUUGCAUCUAAAUAUUGAAUAAAUGUUGACUCUUUAUAAGGAUUAUAAUUUUUCAUAUAUUUAUUAUUUGCUUCUGCAUAUCGUUUUGAUAUAUGUGUUAUUCCACCACGAAUACCUUGCUCAAACAUCAUUAACAUAUCAUAAUCACUUAAUAACUGUAAAUUCUGACCUGUAGUUUUGAGACAUGCAUCCCAAGCUAAUCCAGGAGAUGUGUAGUAAUGAGCUGGAUCUAGUUUAUAAUGUUUAAGACAAGUAGCUCUAAAGUUUUCAAAUACAUCUGCUAAAAGUAAUACAUCAGACUUAAGAUACAGAUUAUGAUAAUCUCUUAACGUUUUACAUCCAAAGGUAUUCCAUACGUUUAUUGCGUGUUGGUAAUCUUCAUCUGAUAUAUCUUCAUCAUUAAGUUUUGAGUAAAAUUCUUCUUUUGGUGGAAGUUGUGUUUCUAAUAAUUUAUCAAGUGAUGAAACAUAAUCAUAAGGAUAAACACCUUUGUGAGUAAGUAAUGAAGUAUUAGUCUUAAAUAUAUAUUUUGUAUUAUGAAAAUCAUCUGGGGAUAAAUUUGAAACAAGAUUGGCUAGUGAUGUUUGAAGAAACUUGAAUGAAUCUAUAAAUCGUAUUUCAAAAGUUAUAUCUGCACCAUUAAUCUCAUCAACUUUAAUUUUUUUAUUAUAUGAAAUAUAUUUUUCUUCUGUAGAUGGUAUACACUCCAAAUUUCCUUCUAAUCUAUAAAGUUGUUUUAUAAAUAGAUGUGCAUCAUAUCCUUGAAGAUUGUGAAAUAUAACUGGUAAUACUUUUUGUUUACGACACUUAAGAUUACAUUGAUUAUGUGCUGCACCGCGAUACUUUCCUGUGAAAUGACAAUGAUCACGUACUUUAUCUUCUCCUAAUUCAAGACUACAAAUAUGACAAGUUUUUGCUUCAUUAAAUAACUUUUGAUCUUUAGGACUCAUUUUUAAAGGUUUAAAUCUUUUAUAAAAAUCAUUGUAAAUUCCUGUUGUUACUUCUUCAAGUUUUUCUACAAAUACUUUUGCUAUGUUUUCAUCCUCAAAAGUUUUUGUAUAAGUAAUUGGUGUUAUAUGUAUACCAGGUACUAUUCCUUUGACAUAAAAACAAAAUCCUGAUGGUUCAUGAAGUUGAUAGUUGUAAUUAUAAGAUUCUUUAGGGCAAGGACUACAACUAUUCAUUGGUUUUGUAAAGCAUUCAAAAUCCGCAUAAACAACAAAAGGAACAGGAAGUUGUUUGUAGUAAUUUUUGAAAUGUAAAAAUGUAUUUGGUUUUGGCAUAUCAACAACAGCUGUUUUAUUAUUAGAGCAAUAUUCAAUGUGUUUAUCUAGUAAUUCUUCUUUACUGAAAUGCCAAAAACAUCUCUUACAAAUAAAUAAUUUUUUAUUAUUACUUUUAGUUAUUUGAGAUCUUACUAAUCUAUUAAAAUUUUUAACUAGAGUAUAAUGUGAUUUUCCAUCUUCUUCAAUUAAAAAUAAAUCAAUAGUAUUUUUACAAUCUUUACCCUUCAUUAUUUCUCUACCAGGAACAAUACAAUCUUUUUCAUCCAAAUAAAAUAUAUUUAUUCCUGGUAAAUCUGGAUUAAGAUUCUCAAAUUUAUUAAUAUCAUUUUUACUAAUUGGAAAAGUAAUUCCUUUAGUGUUAAGUGAGUUUUCAUAUUUCUUUAAAUCUCCUAUCCACUCAGCAUCUUUUUCUUUUGGAUGAAGAUAUCUAAGUAUACACCAAAGAAAGCAUUUAUCAUCUCUAUUUUUAAUAUUAAUUAUUGCUUUUUUAUCCUUUAUCCAUUUUGGAAGAUCAAUAUAGGAUGAACCCUUUGUUGGAUUAUGUUCAGUUGUAUGAAUUUCUAGUUGUACAAUUUCUUUUAAAUACCAUUUACUUCCAUCUCUUGUAUAAUUAUCAACUCUUGCAUAUAUAUUAUUAUAGCAAUAUUCCAAUAAUUCAUCUGAGUCACUAAAUCUAAGAUUUUCAACUGUUUCAGAAUUGAAAUAAGCUUUAGUAGUAACUAUAUUUGAAAUACCAUCUUUAUUAUAUUCCGUUUUUUCCAAAAUGCAGACUAAGAUUAAUCUAAAUUUUAUUCCUUUGUGAAAGUUAAGAAAAUCUAUUAAAGUUUGUUUUAUGUGUCUUAAAAACUGUUCUAGGUUCAUAUCAAAAAUACCUUCAAUAACAUACAUAUUAGCAAAACCACUAAUAGCGGAUUUUUCCUUUACUAAUCCUUGAUCAUAUUCUAACAUUGCUCGCUCAAGAGCUUUUUUUAAAUAAGGAGGAGUAUCUUUAGGAAUCUCUUUAUUUUUUAUACACUCCUCAAAAUACUCAUCAAAUGAUUUUAUCUUUUUAGGAAUGCUAUUAACUUUUUUAUGUUUUUUGAGUUUCUUUUUUAGAUUCUUUCUUAUAUCAAUACCACUUUUUACUUUUUGUCUAACUUCUACCAAUUUUUUAUACUGAUUAAUUAAUUUUCUUCUUGAUGCUAAUUCCUUAUAAUCUUUCUUAAGUUCUUCUUUUUCUUGUGCUAUUAUAUGUCUUAUUUCAUCCAGUGAUAAAUUCUGGAAUUGUUUAUCUGUAAUAAAGGGUUGAGAACCCUGAAAACCGUUUUCUUGGUUAGACAUGACGUCUUCUAAUUAAUGAUUAUAUUAGAAGACGAUAAUCUUUAAAUAAUCAAUUUUAUUUAUUCAUUUCAUUUAUUAUUGAUUCUAAUUCUAAAAGUCCAUUAACCACAAUUUCAUCUUCAAUAUAUAAUCCAAGAUUGUAAAAUACUCCACGAACUAUAAUUUUAUCUUUACUUAUUAUUAGAUCAAUAAAAUACCAAUCAACAAUCUUAAGAUUAUCUUUUGUAGGAUAAUUUAUAUAAUUAUUUAUAAAACCAAAUAAAUUUAAAAUAUACUUAUAAAUAUUAAUUUCACCCCAAUUUUCUUCAUAGUUAUUAUUUAAUUCUUUAAUUCUAUCUUGAAUAUAUCCUCUAAUAUAUAGAUUUAGCCAGGGCUAAAAGCGAAGCUCCCAUUAAUAAAUUUAUAAUUUAAAUCAAACAAUAAACUUGUAAUCCACAAAUCAGUUAACUUUAAGGGAAAGCUUUAGGCUAAGUGAUUUUAGAGCGAAAAAAAAAAUCUUACAUCGAAUCGAUAGCCGUAUAUAUACACCCAAAAAAUAGCAAUCAUCUUCGAUCACAUUUGAGAGCCAUAAUGGCUCUUGAUCACAGUAGAUUAGGCCUGGAAAACGAAUUUUUGGAAAACAAAUCAGGCUGAAUUUUUGGCGUUCGACAAGUUUACUUAACAAAAACUUGCCAACAUUUAAACCAACAUUUCAUACUUUUUAUACAUCACAUCUAAAGAUAUGAGGCGUUGUUAUCAUAUAGACCUCAGACAAAAUGCAGUAUUUCACAAUUUUUCAAGACAAAUUGCACUCAUUCAAUAUUCAGAACCGUACGAAGCACUCGUGGGCUUUUGGCAAAACCGUUCAAAAAAUUUCCAAAAUCAUUUAUACGGCCAGCCGGUUCUCACUUUUGACAAGCGCCAAAUUUUCAGUGAACAUUAAACGAGUUACGCUUCAACAUAAUAAAGAAUUUAUUGUGUUUAUUUUUUUUAUUAAAUGGUUUUAUAACGAUGUGCAAUCUUAAAAAGCGUUUGAUACGAGCAGCAUUUUGAGUACUCCUGCAAGCGUUGUUUAUGAACGACUGAAAACAAACUGCAAAGCGAUUAAAAUUGUAAGAGACUACUAACAAUCAAUAAAAGAAAUGUAAUUCGGUGAAAUAUUUACAGAGACAACAAUUUUCAUUCAGGAAGACAAGUAUUAAAGCGUCUCUAAAAACUGAGUCUUUAAGCUUAAGCUUAAAGCUUUUAGCCGGCUUCCUGGUGUUUACUGUUUUGAAAGAUGAACUCGAGGCAAGAAAACCGCUCAAAGCUUUCUUUCUACAGCCAAAAUUAUAACUAAAUACGCUUCGGAAAGUUUUUUCGUUCUAUAUGCGGAGAGAAAAUAUCGACUAAAGGCUUUUUAAAGUUCUGUAAGCUUAUAUAUACUAGAUCAGAUCAUUGUCUCAGAUCUUAACACAAACGUGCAUAAAUUAGCCUCCUAAACUGCGCUCGACUUCAUGAAAUUAGAUAUAAAAAAACAAACAUACACUGUAUACAAUAAUUACUUAGGCUUACCAUUCGAGAUGCAGCUCUUGAAAGCUAUAAAGUAAGGCCAGAAUCGCUCGAGGGACUUUUCAACCCGCAUCCAGCAAGGUAAAAACGAAAGCGAUGCAUCCGAAAUCGGAUUUCCAACUUUGGCAACCGGCGCAUUUCCCGACCAAAAAUUCAAUAAACAAACCAGCCAUGAAUCAAAGAAGACUGUUGAUAGCAGCUGUAUUUCAUUUUAAGCAUCCAGUGGAAAAAGACUGUAAAAAACAUCACAAGUUGACAAAAUACUCUGUCAGCUUCAGCUGUCAAACUGAAAGUAAACAAGGUUCAAGAUGCUGUAUAAAUUUUCUGCAUGAACUCACCUGUCAAAUUUUGACCAAUCAGAGCAUAAAAAAUUGACGGUCGUAGAGCGUGAUCAACGCGUGUCUAUGGUGAGAAAAGUGAAAAGCCUCUGUCUUCCCCUGCUUGUAUUUUUAAAUGACUGGCUGAAUUUUCGAGUCCGAGAUCAGUUUGAAAUCAAAAUGUUAAUAGCGCGGGGCCAUAGUGACAUUAACACAACACUUUCUGUCAUCAUGUCAUUAUUUUGCUGCCGUUCUCUUUGCCUUUGUAUUUCUCUUUCGCGUUGCCUUUGUCUGUUCAUUCUAGCUCUGUCUCGUUCUACUUGCCGGCGUUUUUCACUAUAAUUUUUCUCCUUCUUCUCGCUCUGACUCUUUUACUUGCUUUCUUUUUUUUUUCAAAACCAGUUGCGCGAUAUAAUUGCGCGACGUUGCGCCAUGCGAUUUCCCGCCAAAAAAAUCUGUACUUUCCCCUACCCCAAGAGGCCAUGCGGACUACUUUCCACUACCCGGAAAGUCCGUACGGACGGACGUACGCUACGUCAUAACCAAAUUUUCUGGGAUGGAUAGUUUACCAAAUAUUCUUACCCAUGGUGCUCCGCUGCGCGCGCGCGAAGCGCGCGCGGGAGCUCCGCUAAUAAAUUGAUACUCUCUUGCGUAUUCUGGGAUUUUAUUUGAUUUAAUGAAAUUCUUAAAAUUAUACGUACUCGCUAGAAAUUUUUGUAAACUCGCUGUACUUCCCACUUUCAUAACUACUCAUGUCUUUCAUAAAAGCGAUUCUAGUUGGUCACGUGAUUAAUCAAGGCAGAAAAAUUUAUAGCGGAAGACAUCCGUGUUUGACUACACAAAAUGUCACGGAGAUGUUACGUGCUAUAUACCAGACGUCAUCAUCUUUGUUUAUGAAGUACCAUUCAUAUUUUGGUAUUAUAUUAAUGUUGACGAAGUAAGUUGAGUCACUAUCAAAAAAUUAUUACAAAGUGCGAUGGAAUUAUUACAAAUUGCGACAGCUUAGUUUAUUACAAAGUGCGAUGGACAGUUGUUACAAAUUGCGACAGCUUUUUUAUUACAAAGUACGACACGUUUUAUUACAAAUUGCGACAGGUAUUACAAAGUGCGAUGGAUUUAUUACAAAUUGCGACAGGUAUUACAAAGUGAGAUGAUUAUUACAAAUUGCGACAGUACACACGCCAGCUCACACCACGAAAAUGUAGCCUUUGCCGAUCGCAGGUUUAUUUCCAAAAAUGAGUGCACGCGCGUCUAUCUUCAGUGAAGAUUUGGAAGAUCGUUCAAGUCCCGAUGGCAAUAUUGAUGACGAACUACAUCCAGCGCCAACGAAGAGUUUGUAUCGUUUUCGUGUGAACUGCACCUGCACCUAUCCCGUAGUCAAUGACCGUUGGGGCGCAACGGACGUUGCAUCCCUCCCCCUCCAUUUUAUUUUGUUUUCAGCUUCUCUUACGGGGUCGCAAAACUGCAACCCUGUCCAUUCAGCGAUACUGUUUUCCCAACACUUCUUUUGUCGGUCCCUUCUUCUCCCUCCUUGCACUGUUCCUUAUAAAAUCGUCUUGGCAAGCCCUGAUGAUCUUGAUACAUGCCCAAACGUCCACCUUAACUUACGUUUCUUUACUGUGGUUAAGAUAUCAUCAUAGGGCCCAAUGGCUUGGCUUAUUCUGUCUCUGACUGCAUCGUUAGUGAUGUGAUCUCUGUAUGAGAUGCCAAGCAGUUUCGUAAAGCAUCUCAUAUCAGUGGCCUGCAAUCAUUAGUUCAUGUGAACUGCCGUAUUAUGUACUCUUCCGAGUGGGCCGGUUCAGACAUAACCUAAGAUAACUUUCAAUACGAACAGGGACUGUUCAUUUUCACUGCAAAAAAGUCUUGUGAAUCGCGGCAUGCUUAAAUCCAAAUUAAAUACAAUUGGCGCUCAGGUCACAUAAUACUCUUAUGACGACAAAUGGGUUUAAAAAUUUAAACAUCGUCCAAACGGUCGUUGAAAUAUUGUAAUAGAAAUAUUUUGUGCGUCAAAGUUGAUGUUAAGCUAUGUUAACCUAUGGCCCGAUUAGCUUCAGAUUGCACACGCUUUAUCACACAAAAAGCUAAAAGAUAGUUUUUGGCUAAAGUCCGACAAUGCUUCUCAAAAAGAUAACUACAAUAGGUAUGGACUGAGAACUUACAUUUUUACAGUAUUUUUCUUCGAAUUAGGAAUCACAGCUCUAAAGCAUAUACUUCAUAUAAAACAAAUGAAAUUUAGAUUUUAUGACUCAACCAACGCAGAACUAAACUACUAUUUUUAAAGGUAACGUUGUACUGCUUUGUGGUAUAAAAAUAAAAUAGUCUGCAAACUGUAGAAACAUUUUGUAGAACAUUAUUAAAAGACAACACUAUGGUAUUUUGCAAAGUAAACUCCUCGUGGUAUUGUUUAUUUCCCCGGUAUACAAACCAAAGUCAAGAAUUUUUUCACAAAAACGAAUUUGAUUUUUUGACCCAGAGUAUGGCGACCUUGAAGCACUUCUCACGGGACUCCGCCGUAAAGAGGUUGAAGGAGUGCUGUUAGACGUAUUUACUGCAUCGUACAUCUUCAAUAAAAGGGAUAUUGAUACCGAUAUGUUCGAGCAAGUCACAAUCCUGGAGUUUCCGUUUCAUAUCGGAUUAUACAUGGUGGAUUACAACCGUUGUCUAAAACGGUGUAUUGAAAACAAAGUUCAGCGAGAUCAAACUUGGAUUUACCCAUCCUUACAAAAACACAUCAAAGGUCCAUUAGCUAACGUAAGUAUAAGCCAUGAUAAUAAUCCAUGAUAAUCAUCGUUUUACGGAAAUCGGUCAGAUUUUCAUAGUAAAUAUAUUUUUAAUCAAGUUGAUUUUUCAAUUUCUGGGCAUUAGACACGCUAUGAGAUUUCCAGCUGGAAAAUCACUUGUCGCUGUCAGGUUAGCCCAUUACAACAUGGAAAUUCACCCGGAUGAAAUAAUCCGCCGAUUUGCAAGGCUUUCUGUCUGUAUGACUCCGAACCCAGGAAAGGGGGCUUUAGGGAGUUAAAAUCCCAAAAUUUCCCGGGAGUGCAUGCCUUCGGACUCACCUACAAGCUUUCCCUUUAGGCGCUUGUUUAGGAAAUCGGUCAGUAUUGAGUCCUAGAUCCGCACCUGAUUUGUAUGGUCUCCUUGCUAUAGGCCUUGGGCGCUAACCACGGCUAGUUCAAGAUCCUGUAGAUUAGAGCGUAUUAAAAAAUUAAGGUGCACUAAUAAAUACCUUUAUAGUAAGAUUCACGGGCUAGAUUGCUUCCUGUCGAACACUGUGUGUUAACGGCUAGGACAGAGACGGGAGAGUUCCCAAUGAAAAUUGACGCCCAGUGUAGGAAUUUUAAGUUCUUGGAAAAUAAAUUAUCACAAAUAACAUGCGAUGAUAUAAAAUGGAAUGAAAAUAAAGCUUUCUGGAGCAAAAAAAUUAGAAGCACAUUAGACCAGAUAGGGCUAGGAGAUCUUUGGAUAAAAGCACAUUAUAUGGACUCAGGAAUUGUAGACACAAUGAGGCAAAGGCUUAAGGAUAUCGAACUCCAACACUGGAUGAGCGAAAUGAAUAACGACAUUAGAAGAGAAGCUAACGAAAAUAUUAAAUAAGAAAAUAUCGAAAAUUAUAAACUAUAGAAAAUUACAAAUGUGAGGAUUACCUUCCGCCAGGUUACCAAUACCCGUCAUAGAGUAACUUAAACAAAAGUUUUGCGACUGAGCAAUCACAAACCCGCCUUAGAAACAGGUCAGUAGCUACUAUAAGGCCUUAUAAAAACCUCAAGAAAGGAGAAAAGAAACGCCCUAUUCCUUGAAAAAUGAGCAUCUGAUAAGAGUGAACAAAAUGUCACAAAAUGAAAUAUUCAUGAAAUAUUCAAUCCCCAUAGUGAAAAGCCCGAAAUCCAAAAAUUGAUAGGUAGGCAUAUUUUUCAAUGCUUCAAGAUAAGAAAAGAGAGGGAAGACAAAAAGUGAAUUAUAUAAAUAGAUACGUGUGUUUAAUUAUCUCUAUUUGUUAUAACAUGUUAUGUAUAGUGUAAUCAACUGGUAUAAGACCCCCACAAAAAUAUUCAUUUGUCUUAAUUGUUUCAUCUUGUCUACCAUGAUUAUUCUUUCCAUAGGACAAAGGAGGAAGAAGCCCAUGGACAAUCCAAUUGAACCUAUUCGGUUCAGAUGAGCCAGCUUUUCGCUUCGCCAUGUACACUUUGUCUGGCGUUCUGGCUGCUUUGUUUGUCUUGGGUUUGGUUUGGGAACUUAUUCACAGGCAGAAAAGGCGAACCUUCACGUUCAAAAAUGGUAACAGUUUUUGAAACCUACUUUGUUAAGACCAAGAAUAUGCUAUUUCCUUAGGUGACCUCAGGUAACCUCAACCUCAUUUUUAUGCCAGAGAUUGCUUGUAGCCAUCUGGAGCAAAAUUUUUUAUUUCUUUGAUUUAUGACUGCACUCACCUGGGACGCCUUAAUGGAGAACUUCUCAACACCUUCACCUCCUGUGGGGGUGAAUAUAGAGAAGUGGUGAUUUAAGGCCGUUUCUUAACAUGUGGGUCUGGGAUGGAGCGUACUGGUCAAGUACUUAUUGCGUACCUUUUUGCAGGGAAGCAAACAGAUGUUAGUGGGAAGGAUUUUCAACUGGCGAGGAGGGACUUUAAGCAAUUGCUGGAACAUAUUGACGAUGUUGAAAAGAGCCUCACCAAGAUUUCCGAGUUAAAAGAAGCUUACCACAAAAUGGAAGAUAACUGGAUUCACUUAAACAAUCAACGAGGAACAGAAACAGUUCUCCAUUUAACGGAGACUUAGUUUAAAAAUGGAACUGGAGUGUAAGGCCUCUUUCCUCGGGAUAUUUCACUGAUAAUCCAAUCAGAACGAUCUAUCGUAAGUGCUAUUAAGUGUGUGAGAUCAUUCCGCAUCUAAACCAAUCAAAUGGGGAC